GGAACGUUACGAAUCCUGUCCGUGACGAGUCAAAGCGCUGUCUGCGAAAAGCAAUACGAUGAUGUUGGGUAUCUCAAAGAGAGCGAUCUGCGCCAGUUCAUCGAUACGAAUGAGGGCAAACUCACGGCGGCGGAUCUAGAGAGGAAACUGGAGAGGAAACUGAGGAUUCGGCAAAAGGGAGAUGGAGUGUUCUACAAGACAGGAGAUGACGAAAUCCGCCUAGCAACCGUUGCGGGACGUCGUUGGUACUGUUCUACUUCAGGUCGGCACAUUGCGAUCCAGGUAGAAGCAAAACUGUACUUUUACGAGCUCUUGCAGUAGUGUGAUUGUGAGUGUGUGAAUAACCACUGGGCAAAAGCGGAUGUCCCGGCGAGGACAGGGGGGGUUGUACCCACGGUAUAUGUAGUAAGGGAUGAUGUGCCAGGAGAAAUUUGUAUGUAUUCGAUGUUGUUUCUAGUUACCCGACGCCUCGAUGCCCCUCUCCGCAAAAAAAGUAGCCGGCACAUCUUUUCUAUGUGUCGCGCGCAGUUGCGUCAGUGUGCGGGGAAUAGUGUCGUCCAACGUAGAGACUGCGCGUAGCGAGACCAGCAAACAAAACUGGAGGCGGAACAGGCACAUACGAUAUCAGUCGUUGUAGUAUGAAGUUCAAGAUAUGCACGGCGGAUUUGCGGUGGUUUUCGCUUUGUCAGGUAUUAGAAACCUUGACGACGGUGUUAGCGUUGAGGUUGACGGCAUGUGUAGCGUCGAAGACGGGCGGUCGUCGGGAGGCUGUGGCUUGUUGGUAGUGGUGGGGGGUGCAUGAUGGAGCAUGAAGAGGUUGUGUGAAAUGGAGGUUUUGGGUUGUUUGGACGCAACUGCCCGUGCACGGACACUCUCACAUUAAUGUGUAUUAAUGUGUAAGUGUGUUGAGUGUCCCUGUUCCAACCAUCUCUUAAGAGAUGGUUGGAAACAGGGAGGAAGAAGACAGGGGUACGGGAUACCGCCGUGGCUAUCCGAUCAGCACUUGUUUGUGGUUACACCGUCAAGUAGACCGAGGCCAGGCACUCUUCCUUGUGCUCGGUGGGAUGGCCAGAGACGACAUUGUUUCCUGCCGCGGCCAUUCUUGCUCGCCGGACAUUCUCACUCACCGGAGGUACGACAGUCAGAAACACGUUGCAACCUGAAUGUGAUAUAUACAUGUAUAGUGAAGUCCCUUCUGCAAUACAUUUCACAUACUUGUACGUGUACAAAAAAUGGCGGGAGAACGAGAGAACGAGUGUGUGUUUUGUUCACCGUCGAGGGCUUGGAUGACGUUCCCUUCAGUGAGGAUGAGGGUGUCGUCGGCGGAGGCGAUCGGGAUAGAAAGGGGGGGAAACGAGAGGGCGGCGAUGGGAACGGCGGUGCACCGGGAGGGGCGAGUCUAAUGGCCAUUUCUGAGUUGUGAGUUGCUGCAUUUUUCUUUGCUCAAGACCUUGUUUCAAUUAAAAAAGCGUUUAUAUAA